UGAAGCUUCUCCCUCCACCUAUCUACCGAUCACGAAGUCAGUAGUGUUUCGGGAUCCGUGUUGCCAGCUUUGCUGUAACUUACUCUAACUCCAGUCGGAUAAAAAUGUCUGUUACUAAAUCAAAAAGAUCUCAUUAUAAUUCCGAAAUUCGUCGUGACAAAGUCCGAAAUAAAACCAGAAUUUGUAUUGGAGAUGCUUUUGAACGAUGGAGACGGCUGAAAACAGAGAAGAAUUUGAACACAGACGCCAACGUUGCUAAUUUUCUCCUGGACAGCUAUUAUGGCCCCAGCACCUCAACACCCAGUAAGAGAAACUUGAAGAAGCACCACCUGACUGCACCAUCACUUUCCAGUAUUGUAUGUGCAUCAUCUGAAACACUUUCAAAUCGAGAGGACCUGUCGCCUAUUGAGGAAAGACUGGAAGAUGAUGAGCGCACCAUAGAUGCCUCUGAGGUUCUGGAGGAAAGUCUACAGAACAUGAGCAUCCAGGAUGCUGAAACCCAGGUCAUGAAUGAGCAGGAGAUAAAUGAUCUAAUGAACAGUGUAAUUGAUUGGGGGGACAGUGAAGGUGUUAGUAAUGAGGAGAUUGGAACAGAUGACAGUGAAGAUGAGGACUAUGUCCCUCGUAUUUGUAUUCGGUUGGCUGGAGCAUUGCAGGCACCACCAUGCAUUGACAAUCUGCCUGUGAUAGAUGCCAGUGAGACAGUACAUGACAUCCUGGAUGUAGAGCCUCCAUCAGUAACCUUACUAACACUUCAACAACCUGGCUUUCCUGAUACACUGGAGGUCAUGACUGAAGAUGACCUAAUCGGGAAACGGGCCUCCAUCACUUAUGAGGACUGUUUGAGGCAGCUUGCAACAUUACUUGUGCUUCCGGUCCAAAAGUGCCCAUACACAUGUGACGUCAGUAAAAUGGAGUGUCAGUGUCGCCCUCCAUUUGAAGUUUCCAUUACACACAGGGGUACUGCAAGCAUCAUGGAAUGGACCUGCCUUGUUGGCCACACUUUAUGGACAUGGAGCUCACAGCCCACUUUGAGGUACGGGAUGCUAGCAGGGGACUUUAUGUUGGCAAGCAACAUACUACUCUCCGGAAGCAACUACGCCAAAAUCUCGCUUCUGUUCCAGUUCAUUUUUCACAAUUUAGGACACAUACGGUGUAGACACUGUGAAGGAGUUUUGGGAGGAGAGGAGGGCUGAGGCAAUAAAUCGGCUAAAAGACAGAGAUGUGGUAAUAGUAGCGGAUGGAAGAAUGGACAGUCCUGGACAUUGCGCCUACUGUACAUACACUGCCAUGGAGAACGAAUUCAGGGAAAUCCUCUGUCAUCACUGUGGACAAAAGGCAGACUGGGCGAAAUUCUGUGAUCAUGGAGAGAGAGGCAUUUGUGCGGACAGUCGACACUCUUUUGAAUGAAGUGAAACUAGUAGAGGUCUGCACUGAUGCCCAUGUCCAGAUCUCCGCACUAAUGAGGAAGUUGCCACUGAAAUUUUGUGUUACUUGUAGAAUUACAACAACUUUUUUGGAGGGGUGGGGGGACCAUUACUGUACUAAUUAUGCAUAUUAUUUUUUCAAAUAAGACAAAGGAAAGUACAAAGACCUUGGACUGCAGCACAGCUUGGAUAUGUGGCAUGGGGCCAAGAAUUUGGCAAAAAGGAUCCAUGCUGCUUCACAGGUCAAGGGUCAGUCCAGUUUGAGCAGUUGGCUAAAAGACAUUCUCAACCACUUUUGGUGGUGCUGCAAAACAGCAGAGUCUUACCAAGAGUUCCUUGAGCUGUGGCUUGGUCUCCUUCAUCAUGUGACAAAUGAACACAGGUGGGUGCUGGGAAGCUGCCAGCAUGCAGACGUAGAAUCUGGUGGAACUCAACAGUGGCUUGAGCGAGGAUCCAUGGCACAUGAGGCCCUGAAGAGCAUCGUUAGAAACAAGCGGUGGCUUAAUGAGGUCCACAAAUAUCUCAAUUUUAGAUUACAACACCGUGUAAAGAAUACUCCACCGAAAAAUGAAAAUUCUAUCAUCAUAUACACCAUGAGGGUACAGGGGGCUGUACAAGAAGAAUGCUCGCAGGUAUAUGCUAUACACUCUGAAG